AUGCAAGAUGUCGAAGAGAUAUCAAGGGAAACGGACAAGCGUCGCCUGUCUGGUCGAAUUCAUAUUUUAGGAUUGGGAAACGUCGGUACCUUUGUGGCACAUUCACUGGCGGCUCGAAAAUCCCCACCCCCAAUUACGCUCCUUCUACAUAACCCGGGACUUUAUGCGGAUUGGCUGGCAAGAAAAAGAUGCCUGUCUAUCAACACGAACGGGCUCGACGAUAUAAAGACGGGCUUCGAUAUCAACGUUCUGAACGACCGGACGUGGUACUCGUUACCGUAUUGGAAGCCAAACGGCGAAGCGCAUGAUGAUGUGGUCGAUGCCGAUGGGAAGCUUCAUAUCGAGGAUGUUCACGAGGACUUGCGUCAGUCUCAGGAAGACGAUGAGAAGAUUGAAUGUUUGAUCGUGGCGGUCAAGGCCCAGCAGACGGUGACGGCUCUGAAAUCCGUCAGCCACCGUCUGACGCCAGAAUCGACCGUGCUUCUACUCCAGAACGGCAUGGGAACGGUUGAGGAGCUCAAUGAGAAGGUUUUCCCAGACCCGCACCGACGGCCUCAUUACAUGAUGGGUCUUAUUUCACAUGGUCUAGCACGACAGGAACCUUUCCGGGUCUCUCACACAGGGGUGGGGACAACCAUUCUCAGUCCUCUGCCGGCGGGGGGUCGUCUCAAAGCCGGCGAAGAGAAGGAUGAGGAUUGGGCGCCAUCCACAAAAUAUCUCCUCCGAACAUUGACUCUCACGCCGCCCCUUGUGGCCGUCGCAGAGACGCCGACAGCAUUACUCCAGUACCAGCUGGAGAAGUUGGCCAUGAACUGCGUGAUCAACCCCCUCACUGUGCUUCUCGACUGCGAGAACGGCGAACUCCUCUACAACUACAACAUCACCCGCGUGAUGCGUCUGCUCCUCAUCGAGAUCUCUACCGUAAUCUGCGCCCUGCCUGAGUUGCAGGGUGUUCCGGGUAUCAACUCCCGCUUUUCGCCGGAACGAUUGCGAAAUAUGGCGGUGCAUCUGGCCAACAAGACGGCAAAGAACACCAGUUCGAUGCUCCAGGAUGUCCGGCGGGGCCAAAAGACGGAGAUUGAGUACAUGAACGGGUACAUCGUUCGCCGAGGGGAGGAAUUGGGGAUCAGGUGUGCGUUGAACUACCUGAUCAUGCAGAUGGUCAUUGGAAAAAGUGACAUUCUGACACAGAGAAAUGCCGGGGCUAUUCCGCUGGAUCUGUCGCAUCUGGAGGAGGAGGAUUGA